AUGCUAUAUAUUACAGGUACUUUGACACCAGAUGCUCCAGCCUGGGUGACAGUGCGACACUCUUGUCUCAAAAACAAAACAACACAAAACACAAAACAAAACAGAGUAGUCUUUUCUGAGGAUCCGGCAAGAACGGCAGAGGUAAAGCAGAAGAAAUGGACCUUCUACAAGUUCACCUACCACCGCGUGAACGUGCGCCAGCUGCCGGACAUGCCCUACGAGCAGCUGAUGCAGCUGUACAGGGGGCGCCAGCGGCAGCCUGAACCCCGGGGCCUGAGGCGGAAGCAGCACUUGCUGCUGAAGCGCCUGCGCAAGGCCACGAAGGCGGCACCGCCCACGGAAAAGCCGGAAGUGGCGAAGGCGGAAGUGGUCCCGCGCAGGCGGGACGUGAUCAUCCGGUCCGAGAUGGUGGGCAGUAUGGUGGGCGUCUACAACAACAAGACCUUCAGCCACGUGGAGAUCAAGCCGGAGGUGAUCGGCCACUACCUGGGCGAGUUCUCCAUCACCUACAAGGCCGUGAAGCACGGCCGGCCGGGCACUGGGGCUACCCACUCCUCCCUGUAGUCCUAGCUACUCAGGAGGCUGAGGCAGGAGAAUCACCUGAACCGGGGAGGCAGGGAUGGUGCUACUGCACUCCAGCCUGGUGACAGACUCUGCCCCCUCAAAAAAUAAAUAAAGUGAAAAUAAUAAAAGUACACAACAUAGUACUUUAGGGUAUCUGACUAAGAUGUAUUAUGUCACUAUAGAGCUCACAGUGAUAAUUUCAUUUAUCGUCCCCCUUCAUUCUAAGUCUCUAAUUUGGCUGGGUGUAGUAGCUCAUGCCUGUAAUCUCAGCCCUUUGGGAAAAUGAGGUAGGAGGACAGAUUGAAACUAGGAGCUUGAGACAGGCCUGGGCAACAAAGCGAGACCCUGUAUCUACCUUUUCCUUUCGUCCUUUUAAUAAACUUUUUAUUAACUUUUAAUUUUUGUAUUUUUAGUAGAGACAAGGUUUCACUAUGUUGAUCAGACUAGUCUUGAACCCCUGACCUUGUGAUCCGCCUGCCUCGGCCUCACAAAGUGCUAGGAUUACAGGUGUGAGCCACUGAGCCUGGCCUCCCUUUUCUUUUACACUGUAUUUCGGGCUUAUUUUCCUUACUCUGGUGUUAACGUACCUGUAAUAUGUGUCAUGGUAGUGGAGGUAUAGAAUAUUCUAAGUAAAUUAUUUUAAAUAAAUUAUCAGGUCAUAAUUGAAUUGGAUUUUGCUCUUAGAAUUUUCUCCAAUCUCAUGUAAACAAAAAGUAGCGGGAAGGCGCAUUGGCUCAUGCCUGUAAUCCCAGCUACUUGGGAGGCUGAGGCAGGAAAAUCGCUUGAACGCGGGAGAUAGAGGUUGCAAUGAACCGAGUUCGCAUCACUGCGCUCCAGCCUGGGUGACAGAGCGAGACUCUGUCUCAAAAAACAAAACAAAACAGAGUAGUCUUUUCUGAGGAUCCAGCAAGAACGGCAGAGGUAAAGCAGAAGAAGUGGACCUUCUCCAA